AUGGUCGUGGCCUGGAACACCGCAGCUACCAGGGUGAAGAACCAAGCAGAGGUGGAGGCCACCCAUGAGACUCUCCAGCUAGCGAAGCCGAUAGCCCAAUCGGACUAUAUCGCUAUGAGGAAUGCGUACUCCUCCCAGUUCGGAGAGCUAGAAGACAAACAUAUUCCUGCUAAGGAAUACAUCGAGAAGAAGCUGUGCGAACUGGAAACGGGGGAGUUCCGCGCCGAGCCCCUGACAGAGGUCGUCAGUCGGGAUGAGGUGGACCCCGACGUGCUAGUCACCACUUGGAAUGCCAAGGGCCAGCUAUCCGUGAAGAAGGGAGGGUCCACCACCUCUAUCAUGAUUAAGCUAAAACACCCCGGCCGGCCCGAGCUAAAAGACGUCCAGAUGACGCUCUUCGAGAAGUACAAGGAGUACUUGCUGGGGGACUACUGCUAUGGUCUCCGGGCCGGGGAUGAUGCCGGUGGCAUGAUCCCGCCGUGGACGCUGGCCCUCGUCAAGAGCUACAAGGAGCCCUCUGUGAAGGAGCGCCACUUCACGACUCCGCUAGCCCUCUAUGGCAAGAGGCCGAACGGCGAUAAAGGGGACAAAGGCGCCGGGCUACCUAGCCGCACCGCCGAGGGCAAGCCAAUCUGCUUCAAGUACCAGGCUAAGGGCGGUUGCAAGAAGGGCCAGAAGUGCAAGUUUGCCCACGUGUGCAGACGAUGCUACGCUAAGCAUCCCCUUUUCCAGUCCAAGCAGCGUCCAAAGGACACGCGGGGUGAGCCACCCCAGGCCAACAAGGCCGCCUGA